UGCCUUCUCCCUCCUCCAACCCUAGCCGCACCCAGCUCCCCAUCCCCCUCACCGCCGCCACUGCGCCGCUGCCGCCACCGCCGCCGAGAUGGGUCGCGUGAUCCGCGCGCAGCGUAAGGGUGCGGGCUCCGUGUUCAAGUCGCACACCCACCACCGCAAGGGCCCGGCGCGCUUCCGUUCGCUCGACUUCGGCGAGCGCAACGGGUACCUCAAGGGCGUCGUCACCGACGUCAUCCACGACCCGGGGCGUGGCGCGCCGCUCGCCAAGGUGACCUUCCGCCACCCCUUCAGGUACAAGCACCAGAAGGAGCUCUUCGUCGCCGCGGAGGGCAUGUACACCGGCCAGUUCGUCUACUGCGGACGCCGCGCCACGCUCUCCGUCGGCAACGUCCUCCCGCUCCGCUCCGUGCCCGAGGGAGGCGUCAUCUGCAACGUCGAGCACCAUGUCGGCGACCGCGGCGUCUUCGCCAGGGCCUCCGGGGACUACGCCAUCGUCAUCAGCCACAACCCUGACAACGGCACCUCAAGGAUCAAGCUCCCCUCUGGUGCCAAGAAGAUUGUCCCAAGCAGCUGCCGUGCCAUGAUUGGUCAGGUUGCUGGUGGAGGCAGGACUGAGAAGCCAAUGCUCAAGGCUGGUAAUGCCUACCACAAGUACCGCGUGAAGAGGAACUGCUGGCCUAAGGUGCGUGGUGUGGCCAUGAACCCUGUGGAGCAUCCCCACGGAGGAGGUAACCACCAGCAUAUUGGUCAUGCCUCCACUGUCCGCCGUGAUGCACCCCCUGGCCAGAAGGUUGGUCUCAUUGCUGCCAGGAGGACUGGUCGUCUCAGAGGCCAGGCUGCUGCCUCUGCUGCCAAGGCUGACAAGGCCACUUAGAGUUAUCGUCGCUGUUUAUCUAUAUUUGCUCCCGUGCUCGCCUCUAGAUUACCCCUCAAGGACAUGUAUUCCAUUAUGGAUGUGGUUUUUGCUCGGUACUUUGGUAACCUGGACAUGUUUGUUAUCAGUUUUCGCAGUUGUGGUCUGGAUUCUUCAUUCCACAUAAAGAAGAUUAUGCUUGGAUA